AUGAAGCGAGAUGGCCCCGACGACGAGCGCGGUGGUGGGCCACCCCCGAAGCGGCCACGAGGGCGGAGUCCUGGGAGGGGCGAGACCGCGUUCGGACGAAUAGUGAACUGGUACCCGGUGAAGAAGUAUGGGUUUAUCCAGUCCGACGUUGCGGCGAAGGACGUCUUCUUCCCCAGGCAAGCUCUCCCACCUGAACUUCAGGAGGUGGAGUUCGACCGGCUGAAAGGCAUGGAGGUCUCCUUCAUCUUCACCGAGAACGAGGGGAAGCCGCGAGCAGAAGCUGUGACACCUGUUCCUCAGCGACAAAAUCGUUUGCCAACCCCGCCGAGGAGACGUGAGCGCGAAGGGCGUCCGAUGGAGCCACCACCUCCGCAAGAGCGCUUGCCGGCUUUCAAGACUGGAGUGAUCCGGUCCUAUGACACGAAGAAGGGAUUCGGCUUCAUCAAACCGGACGACAUGCAAGAGGAUGCCUUCUAUCUGAGGAGUGAGCUGCCGCCGGAGCUGGCGGGCGGCGAGCCCCGGCGGGAGCAGGUGGUGGAUAGGCGGGUCGAGUUCGAGGUCCGAGUGAUGCCAGACGGCAAACUGCGGGCGGAGAGAAUCGCUUUCCUGCGGGGUUCGGGCCCUCCCGGCCCCCCUGGCCCCCCGGGCCCACCGCCGGCUCCCAUGCUUCCAGGACCAUUUCGAGAAGGCCGAAUUCGGAACUUCUACCCGUCCAAGGGCUAUGGCUUCAUCGAAGUGCCGAUGGGCCCAGAUGUCUUUUUCCUGCCUAGUGCUUUGCCCAAGGACCUCUUGGACUCCAGGCAGCCAUUGGAAGGCAUGGAAAUCUCCUUUGAGCCGAGUACCAGCGAGGAAGGCAAACCCAGGGCCAGGAACAUCCGGCCGAUUGGGCACCGCGGGGGCGGGGGCCCGCCGAGUCAGAGGCCACCCCCUCGAAUGCCGAUCCCGGCCCCACCCGCCAUGCAUUUUUUUUAUUCGAAUCCUGCCCUUAGCCAGUGCUUGCACUGGAAGUUCGGCUCGAAGUUUAUGGCGCCGGCACCCACAUCUCCCAUCACCAGAGCCAGUGUCGACACGAUCAUCUUCGUGGAUGUUGACGGUGUGCUCAACGUUGGAAUCCAAGACGACGACAAACCUCCUCUGCUUUUCCGUGACGAGGAUGUCCACACUGCGCUGCGGCUCGCCAAAAAGGGCUACAACGGCCCCGAGGCAAGCUGCGUGGAGAAGCUAAGCGCCCUAGCCGAACACCAGGUUGGAUUCAAGGAGAAUGGCACCUACGACAAGCUGAUGACCCGCAACGGUGCUGAGUUGACCGAUCUUCUGGUCCAGCGACUGGCAAAGCUCAUCGCGCUGGCGGGCCCUAACGCCAAGGUCGUGCUCUCGUCAAGCUGGCGCAGGCCGCACCACCGAACCCGCCGCCGACAGCUGGAAGAGUCCCUGGCACAGCACCUGGGCAAAUCGUUCCGCUUCCAUUCCGUCACGGCUUUGUACCGUGAGGAAAAGACGGCGGCUGAUCGCCUGGAAACUGUUGGCGACUACCUCGCCGAAUUCUGUCAUCGCCGCGAUGAUGUGACUAGCUUGCGAGUUGUCAUGCUGGAGGAUUUCUUCAUUACGCCACUGGACGGAUGGAAGCUCAAGGGCCGGGCCAUCAAGAACCCGAGCGACGCUGAGCGCUAUCUGGACAGCCGUGCCCGCAGCAUGUCACCAGCUCUGAGCGUCCAGUCGAAGCUCUGCCACUGCUAUGACCACGUCAAGACUAGCAGCGGACUGCGAAUGCAGGUGGGCACGGGCUUCACGCAACAGCUGUUUGAAGAGGCCAGUGCCUUCCUUGACCGCGAGAAGCAGGGGGAAUCGGCCGAAACGAACCAAGGCGAGGAGCAGAACUUCCUGCCCUCCCUCGUGCAGCGUGUGGUGCCAGAGGCCAAAGUGGAGGAGCCCAGCAUCAUGCAGAUCAUUUCAGCCUUUGUCCCUCCAGUCAGCUCAAUGGUCAGGGCCUUUUGA